AAACCCACGUGUUUAGAGAGGCAGACGCCGAGAGAGGAGACAUAGCUGGGCCGGGGCGCAGCGUCUCCGGCCUCAGCCCGUUUUCUGCACCGCCGAGGCGGCCGCCAAGGAGCCUCAGCCAUCCUCCUGCGUCCCUCUCCUCCCACAGCUUGGGGAAGGAGGCGGCGGCGAGACAGCCCGGCUCAUCCUGCCCCAUGCCGGUGGUUGUUUCCCUGCUACGGCAGAUGUGUUUGGGGUCCUCGCACAGCUGGGACUAUGGUGAAAUUUCCAGCGCUCACUAACUACUGGCCCCUGAUCCGAUUCUUGGUUCCUUUGGGCAUCACCAAUAUAGCCAUCGACUUCGGGGAGCAGGCCUUGAACAGGGGUAUCGCAGCUGUUAAGGAAGAUGCUGUGGAAAUGCUGGCCAGCUAUGGGCUGGCCUAUUCCCUUAUGAAGUUCUUCACAGGUCCAAUGAGUGACUUCAAGAAUGUGGGUUUGGUGUUUGUGAACAGCAAACGAGACAGGACCAAAGCCGUUUUGUGCAUGGUUGUGGCUGGUGCGGUGGCUGCUGUAUUUCAUACCUUGAUAGCGUAUAGCGAUUUGGGGUAUUACAUUAUUAACAAGCUGCACCAUGUGGAUGAAUCGGUGGGAAGUAAAACUAGACGGGCCUUCCUUUAUCUUGCUGCCUUCCCUUUUAUGGAUGCCAUGGCUUGGACCCAUGCUGGCAUUCUGUUGAAACACAAGCACAGUUUCCUUGUGGGAUGUGCCUCCAUCUCAGAUGUCAUAGCUCAGGUUGUUUUUGUAGCCAUUCUGCUUCACAGUCACUUGGAAUGCAAAGAGCCUCUCCUUAUCCCAAUCUUAUCCUUGUACAUGGGGGCACUGGUCCGAUGUACCACCUUAUGCCUGGGCUACUACAAGAAUAUACAUGACAUUAUUCCUGACAGCAGUGGGCCUGAGAUGGGGGGAGAUGCUACAAUAAGGAAGAUGCUGAGUUUUUGGUGGCCUUUGGCAUUAAUUUUGGCAACUCAGCGAAUCAGUCGACCCAUUGUCAACCUUUUUGUCUCCCGGGACCUGGGCGGCAGCUCUGCCGCCACAGAGGCUGUGGCAAUUCUGACAGCUACAUACCCUGUGGGACACAUGCCGUAUGGCUGGUUGACAGAAAUUAGAGCCGUGUAUCCUGCUUUUGACAAGAAUAACCCCAGCAAUAAACUGGUGAACACCAGCAGCACAGUCACAGCAACGCAUAUCAAGAAAUUCACUUUUGUCUGCAUGGCUCUCUCGUUAACGCUCUGUUUUUUGAUGUUUUGGACUCCGAAUGCAUCAGAGAAGAUUUUAGUUGACAUAAUUGGAGUCGAUUUUGCCUUUGCAGAACUGUGUGUCAUUCCUUUGCGCAUCUUCUCCUUUUUCCCAGUUCCAGUGACAGUUAGAGCACACUUGACUGGCUGGCUCAUGACACUAAAGAAGACAUUUGUAUUGGCACCCAGCUCUGUGCUGCGCAUCAUCGUCCUCAUCACUAGUCUCAUUGUGCUGCCUUACUUAGGGGUCCAUGGAGCCACCCUAGGAGUAGGAUCACUUCUAGCUGGUUUUGUAGGAGAAUCUACCAUGGUUGCAAUAGCAGCUUGCUAUGUCUGUCGGAAACAGAAAAAGAAGCGGAACGAAAAUGAGACAGCUACAGAAGGCGAAGACUCAGUAAUGACUGACAUGCCACAGAUAGAAGAAAUGACAGACAUCGUAGAAAUGAGAGAAGAGAAUGAAUAAUAAACGGGACGUGAUUGUUCUCUGCAGGGACACAUAGAAUGAUACUUCAGCAUCUUUUCUUCUCUCAUACUUUUUUUUUGUUUUUAUUUUUGUAAUAAAGAGGCCUUGAUUUAAAAGGCUUCAGAUAAAUUCUCUAGCAUACUGAGUAUGCUCACACUAAUGAGGGACCUAAAGAAAGGUCUUUGCUUUUGCUUGUUCAAUUGAAUUUGUUUUCUCGCUCCAUGCAAACACAAAAGAUAUGGCUGCAUCACAUGAAAGGGCAUUUUCCUCAAUACGCAUCCAUCUUCUUCGGACAAUCUGCAUUUGUCAACCAAAGCCUUGCUGUGUGUCUCUGUGCCAUUGACUCUGCUGCCAUCCUUUCUUCCCUCUUUUUUAAUUGAGAAUUUAAAAAAAAAAAAAAAA